UCUUCACCAAAACCCUAAAUCUCAAGCUGAGCGGCCGGAGCAUCCUAUCAGGGUAAGAUAGCAAUGGCGACGGUUCCAGGGCAACUGAUAUGGGAGAUAGUGAAGAAGAACAACUCUUUUCUGGUGAAGGAGUUCGGCCGAAGCCACGCCGGCGUUAGGUUCAGCAAGGAGCCCAACAACCUCUUGAACCUCCACUCCUACAAGCAAUCUGGGUUGGCGAACAAGAAGACCGUGACAAUUCAGCCCGGGAAGGACCAGUCUGUGCUGCUGGCGACGACUAAGACCAGGAAGCAGAACAAGCCUGCUGCUCUGCUCCACAAGUCUGUGUUGAAGAAGGAUUUCCGCCGCAUGGCCAAUGCCGUCAACAACCAGGUGGUAAAGAACUUCUACCGUGCAGAUCUGAAGCAUGCUGCCCUUGCAAGGUUGAGUGUUGUUCACAGGAGCCUCAAGGUUGCCAAGUCUGGUGCUAAGAAGAGAAACAGGCAGGCUGUCAGAAUCUAUGGCAGGAAAUGAGUUGGAAGGGGCUGACACACUAUCAUGAUCUCUUGAUUUCUUUUUUCGGAUUUUGGACAUCUUUGAAACUUGAGUACUGUGGAUUUUGUUUAGUUUGAUUUGCCUAAUAUUAUUGGAUAAUGAAGUUAUGAUAUGCUGGUGGUACUUUGGUUGAAUG